AUGGGCGCCCAGCGCUGCCUGCAGCUGCUCUGCAGCUACUCCACGCCGCAGGUGCUUGUGGUGCGUGACUGGCGCCUGGGUGCCGUGUACCGAAUGCUGCAGCUCCUCGUCCUGCUCUACUUUGUUGGGUACGUGUUCAUCCUCCAGAAGGGCUACCAGGAGUGUGAGACAAGCCCGGAGAGCUCUGUCAUCACCAAAGUCAAGGGUGUGACAGAGUCACCAAGCAAGGUGUGGGAUGUUGGGGACUACGUGGCCCCCCCCGAGGGCGGCAGCACCUUCAGCAUCAUCACCAGAGUGGAGAUCAGCCCUGCCCAGAUGAUGGACACUUGCCCCGAGAGUCUGACAGUCCCAGGUGCCGCGUGUAGCUCCGACCAGAACUGCCCCGCUGGGGACAUGGACGUGCUGGGCCACGGGGAGAAGACAGGGCGCUGUGUGCCCAGCACUGCCGGCCCCGGCAAGAGCUGCGAGAUCCUGGCUUGGUGCCCUGUAGAUGGAAGCAGUGUCAGCGAGUCCCUGGCGCAGAUGGCAGCGCAGUUCACCAUCCUCGUCAAGAACAGCAUCCGCUUCCCCCGCUUCGGCUUCUCCAGGAGCAACAUCCUGACUGCUGAGAGAAGCUACUUGAAGAGCUGCACCUUCAACGCCACCUCCGGCCUCUACUGCCCCAUCUUCAAGCUGGGCUUCAUCGUGGAGCAGGCCGGAGAGGACUUCGCGGAGCUGGCCGAGAAGGGCGGCAUCAUCGGCAUCAUCAUCAGCUGGGACUGUAACCUAGACCUGCCCGGCACUGAGUGCCGGCCCCGCUAUUCCUUCCGCCGCCUCGACGCCAAAGCAGCCUCAGCUGCCCCGGGCUACAACUACAGGUUUGUCAAGGAUUACAGCUGGAAGGGCACCCCCCGGCGGGUGCUGAUCAAGGCCUACGGGAUCCGCAUCGAUGUGAUGGUGCAGGGCCAGGCAGGGAAGUUCAGCCUGGUCCCUACUGCCAUCAACGUGGCCACAGCCCUGACCUCGCUGGGACUGGGCUCCUUCCUCUGCGACUGGAUCUUGCUGAGCUGCAUGAACAAGCAGCGGGUGUACAGCAGCCGCAAAUUUGAGGAGGUAUCGAGAGUGCCCGGCCUGGGAGCCGCCGCCAGGGCAGAGCCCCAGCUGGAGGGAGCCGCGGGGCCAGGCUGCGGCGAUGGGGAGCCAGCCCUGCGCUGA